GCUUGCAUUCCUUAGUAUUCGCAUUCCAUUCAUUCGUACUUUUCCUUUGAUAUCGCUACUGUUCUUCCAUCGUUCAACUCUUACCCAAAAUGGUCCAUCUUAAAACCCUCGCCGGCAGCGCUGUCUUUGCCUCGCUGGCCACCGCGGCCGUCCUCCCCCGUCAAAGCGCCAGCCUAAAUGAUCUUUUUGUCGCGGCCGGCAAAUCCUACUUUGGCACUUGCUCCGACCAGGCGCUGCUGCAGAACUCGCAGAACGAGGCCAUUGUGGCGUCGCAGUUCGGAGUGAUCACCCCGGAGAACAGCAUGAAAUGGGACGCGCUUGAACCGUCUCAGGGGAACUUUGGCUGGUCUGGAGCCGACUACCUUGUCGACUACGCGACGCAGCAUAACAAGAAGGUUCGCGGACAUACGCUCGUCUGGCACUCCCAGCUCCCCUCUUGGGUCUCGUCCAUCGGCGAUGCGAACACACUCAGAUCCGUCAUGACGAACCACAUCAAUGAGGUCGUCGGCCGGUACAAGGGCAAGAUCAUGCACUGGGACGUCGUCAACGAGAUCUUCAACGAAGAUGGCACCUUCCGCAACAGCGUCUUCUACAACCUCCUGGGCGAGGACUUUGUGCGGAUUGCGUUCGAGACUGCGCGCGCCGCGGACCCUGAUGCGAAGCUGUACAUCAACGACUACAACCUGGACUCUGCGAGCUACGCCAAGACGCAGGCGAUGGCGAGCUACGUGAAGAAGUGGUUGGCGGAGGGCGUGCCUAUCGAUGGAAUCGCGCUGUCCUCUCUCGCUAACACGGGCGUCUCCGAGGUUGCCAUCACCGAGCUUGAUAUUGCGGGCGCAGCCUCGUCCGACUACCUGAACUUGCUCAACGCCUGCCUCAACGAGCAGAAAUGCGUGGGCAUCACCGUCUGGGGAGUGUCCGACAAGGACUCGUGGCGCGCGUCCGACAGCCCCUUGCUGUUUGACGGCAACUACCAGCCCAAGGAUGCCUAUAACGCAAUCGUCAACGCUCUGUCUUAGGCAUUGUCCUGGAUUUGGUGCUUCAAGCGCACACCGACUCGGGCACAAGCUGAAACAGUUGAGAGAGUUGAGACAAUGGAGACACUUGAGAUAAAUUCAAACAAUUUAAACCCGCUCAAUUGUAUCCAUUUCCGGAGUCUAGCGAGGUAGUUGUAUAUAGCUUUGCCAGUAUUUGCAGUA